AUGGUAAAGAUCAGCAACAGCCUGAUAGGCAUCUUAAACUUCGUGACACUGCUCGUCUCCUUCCCGGUCAUCGGCAUUGCGGUGUGGUUCCGUGUGCAAGCCGCCACGGAAUGCGAGCGGUUCCUGCAACUGCCCCUCCUCGUCCUCGGCAUCUUCCUCUUCGUCGUAUCAGUGCUGGGCUUCGUGGGCUCAUGUUUUCGUGUGUCCGUCUUCCUAUGGAUCUACCUCUUCGUGUUGUUCCUGUUGAUCCUUGCCAUGGUUGCCUUCACGAUGUUCGGCUUAAUCGUGACCAAUAAGGGUGUCGGACAAGCGAUAGUUGGGAGGGCGUACAAAGAGUACAAACUCGACGACUACUCGCACUGGCUGCAGAAGAGGGUGCGGGAUUGGCCGACCUGGAAUGUCAUCGAAGGCUGCUUGAAGGAGGCGAAGGUCUGCGGCCAGCUCGAGGGUGCCGUCGGCAUGAAGGCCACCGAGUUCUACCGGAAAAACCUGUCGCCCAUUCAGUCUGGUUGCUGCAAGCCACCGAGCUACUGCAGAUUCACCUACGUAAAUGCUACGUACUGGACGACGCCAAAAUCUGGAGCAGUUGCAUCAGGGCUCGAUUGCAAGGCAUGGAGUAACGGCCAGGAGAAGCUGUGCUACUCCUGUAACUCAUGCAAGGGAGGUGUUCUGGCAACUCUCAAGGACGGGAGGAAGAAGGUGGCCAUCGUCAACGCGGCUCUUCUUGUGUUUCUCAUCAUCACCCACACGGUGGGCUGCUGUGCGUACAGGAACAACAAGUCUCGCAACCAUUACCCUCCUUACUACUAUGGGGGUAAACUCCCCAGCUAUAAAUCCACGCCGUCGUCCCUUCCCUCAACUUUGGCCGCGAAGCCUCUCCACACCGAAAGAAGACAAGAACAACGGAAGAGAGGCCUUCUUGCUGCCGCCGGAGUCCCCGGCUCCGGCCGUAACUCCCUCCCGCCUCCUCCUUUCUCUCUGCCUUCGUCGCUGUCGCCGGGCUCUGAGGCGGCCUCCGACGAGGUCUCGGUGGCGGAGUUGGGGGAUCUCGAGGUGGCCGAACCCUGA